AUGACCGGAGCACUGGUGCCGCCAUGGUUCGAGGAAUAUAGAGUUAGUCGCGUCGAGAUGUCCACGGUCAGCAUAGUCUGGGGAAUCAGCCUCGGGUGCACCUUCUUCUGCGUCGCAACCGCCAUUAGCCAGACCCUAAACACCUGGGCACGAUGCGGCCGCAUGACGGCAUACAUCCUUAUGAUAUGGAUCGAGAUAGUCGUAUGCACCAUCAUUGGCGUAAUCUCGUGGCUGUACAUGAGAAAAACAAUCGGUCCCAGCUUCGAGUUCUUCUUCGCCGUCCUUUGCCUCUGGGUCAUCCAGAUCCAGGUCCUCCUUCAAAUCAUCGUCAACCGUAUCGCCCUCCUUCUUCCGGAUCCGCGCCGCGUCGCCAUGAUCAAGUGGGCCGUCGUGGCCUACGUCGGCGUAAUCAACGUCUCCGUCUUCUGCAUCUGGAUCCCCGCCCAGCUGCAGCGCUCCCAGGCCUAUGUCAGCACCAACCACUACUGGGACCGCAUAGAAAAAGUCCUCUUCCUGCUCAUCGACGCCGGGCUCAAUUUCUACUUCAUGUGGCUGGUGCGCCGCAACCUGAUCGCCAACGGCCUGGACAAAUACAAGAUCCUCUUCUGGACCAACGUCGCCCUCGACUUCAUCUCCAUGUUCCUCGACCUCGCCAUCAUUCUCUCCAUGUCGUUCAAAAACCCCUUCAUCUACGUGCAGUUCCACCCGCUCGCCUACAUCGUCAAGCUCUCCAUCGAAAUGUCGCUCGCCGACCUCAUCGCCAAGGUCGCCCGCGCCUCGUCCGCCGCCCGCGCCCGCGCCUGCGCCGGCCUCGACGACCUCCCCCUCUCCGCCGCCGCCGCUCAUCACCGUCACAGGCACGCGCCGACGAAAGGCGGCGGCAUCGGCACCGGCACCGGCACUAGCACUAGUAGUCGUAGCACGGGCAACAAGACGGUUGACUCGAUGGGUACGAUGGGUACGACGAGUACGAUGACGACGAUGAAUACGACGAAGACGGCGACGAAGACGACGAAAGCGACGACGAAAACGACGAAGACGAGCGCGGCUGAUAAGAGCAGCUGGCGCCACCGCAUGGGCAAGUGUUUGGACGUCGGCGGCAAGCCGUCGUUUUCGAGCGAGGUCACGAGCCAUGGCGGCGGCGGCGCCGGUAGUAAUAGUAAUAAUUAUAACAACAACAACAACAACAACAACAACAACAACAACAGUUCGCGGCGGCAUUUGGAAGACCUCGAGGAGGGUGGCGGUGGCAGCAGCGGCGCCAUGGGCGGCAUCACGAAAAUGGUGGCGGUCGACGUGCGCAGGAGCGAGUGUUAUCCUGACCCUCCCGCUCCCGCUCCCGCUCCCGCUCCCGCUCUCCCUCCCGCUCCGCCGCCGCCGCCGCCGCCGCCGUCGCAGCAACAGCAGCAGCAGCAGCAGAAGCAGCAGCAGCCGCGAGGAAACGCUAAUGGCGAUGAGAUUGCCGUCGUGCGCGCGUCGGCGAGGACGAGUGUGGAUUCGGGGCGGAGGAUCAGUUUGGAUUCGGGGUUCGACGCGGAUCGGGAGAGUCAGCGGCGGUUGAGGAGGGCGAGCGGGGAGGGCGAGGGGGAGGGGGAGGGGGAGGGGGAGGGGAGAAGAUGA